AUGGGAACGGCAUCACUGGUUAGUAGUCGAAAGCGGCCACCGAAUGCCAGACAGCUCGUGCUCGUCGUGUCCGGCAUCUUCACGAGUUUGUGUGCGGCAACCGUGUUCAUCAACCACAACCAGGAUCGCGAGAUGGAAUCUCACGACGUCGGGAUGCUUUCUCUCACCGCAGGCACCUUAUUCUUCGUAGCCGCGGCAUUGAGCAAGACGUCCUUCGCGAUCACGCUCACGCGGCUCGCGGGGCCGAAGCUGAAGGCGACGCUGUGGGUGAUCAUCGGGUCGAUGAACGUCACCACGAUUCUUAGCGUCAGCGGCACUUGCUGGAACCGCACGGCCAUCCUCUGUGUCACCAUCUUCGCGGCGGCCUACUCGGCCAUUAUGGACUUCGUCCUCGCCGCCCUGCCCUGGGCCAUCCUCGUAAAACUUCGGAUCCACACGAGCGAGAAGGUCGGCAUCUCCAUCGCCAUGAGCAUGGGCACCUGGUGAGUGCGCACCCAAUUAGCGUCGCGACGUAUCCUAGGUAUAGAUUGAUGAUUUGGGUACGCGACCAGACAUACACCUAAAGUAUUGAUAUUACCGGCUGGACUGGGACAUGCCUCUUACUACCUACGAGAUACGCACAUAGACACGAAGAUGAAUUGGUUGAUAUAGCUCUAAUUGACGUCCCUAAUACCUGCACCUUGAACGCUAUUCUCCUAGCAGAAAAGUCCGCAUUCGUCUCGAUCGAGCUGUAGCCUCUCCUUGCACGCGAAAUAUUUAGUGGGCAUAAUAGGAAAACCCUGCUUGCAACGACGAGACAAAGGCACGAC